UGGUGCGAUAGGGGCAUGAUGGGGGUGGCGAGUCGCGCAGCCGAGGGAAGUCUGAGUCCUUGUGCGUCGCAGGCGAGUUUCCAGACAGUCCAUGUCUACAAACCCGGCUGAAUAGGGACGUUGCCAACGUUAGGACUUCCCGGAACAAAAGUUUACAUCCCCGGAGAGCCCCGACGUGAAAAACAACGCCUGCGCUGAAGAUCGCAGCGGAUGCACGGCGUCAACUGGGCCACUUGGAGCUGUCAUUAAUCCUUAUCAUCGAGAUAAGAGCUCGCCGAGUGUCUCAGCGUGCGCGUGAAGUCGCGUCGACGUAGACCGGACGACAAGGGCCUCAAGUGUGAGAAGACGCCGACCCAAAUACCAUAGAGAGUCGGGAAACCAGAAAGAAAAAGAGAGAAAAAAAAAGAGACGAAACGGUAGAUCAAUUGUCUGCCGUCGAGUCUGCGGUGGGUGUGCUCGCGAUUAGAGCGCGUGGUGAACACGUUUCAACGUCACUCGUCGAUCGCGAUAUACAUGUGCUGCGAGUAGUGGAACAAGUGCUGAUGCCAGCUGCCCUUCGGCUGCGCGGUUUGUACGCCCGCUUACGCCUGCUGGGGUCGCCUGUCGCGCGCGGAUUAGCGGCGUCGCGCAGUUCUUGUGUGUCGUCCUCUCGAGCGUGCGUCGUGCCUCUAGCGAACAGUUGUCGGAUGGCGGCGACAUCGGCGCAGCAGGAUGCGGCGGGCAUCGUGGUCCCCAAGGAGGAGAUGCAGGCCUUCAUCGUCCGCUGCAUGCGGAAGGUCUGCACGGACGAGGCUCACGCGGAGGCGUUGGCCGAGGUCCUCGUCGCCGGAGACUACCGGGGCCACUUCAGCCACGGACUGAAUCGGCUGCAAAUGUAUGUGACGGACAUACAGAAGGGUGUGUGUGAGCGUUCUGGCAAGCCUGUAGUCAUCAACGAGCUGGCUGCCACAGCCCUUGUCGAUGGCAGAAAUGUUCUGGGCCCCGUCGUCGGCAAAUUCUGCAUGGAGUUGGCCAUGCAAAAGGCGCAACAAGCAGGCAUAGGAUGGGUCGUUGCACGAGGUUCCAAUCACUAUGGAAUUGCGGGUUACUAUAGUAUGAUGGCGUCUUCAAGAGGCAUGAUUGGCAUGUCGUUCACCAACGCAUCUCCACUAGUGGCGCCAUCUGGCGGAAGGAAGAAAUUCUUGGGAACGAAUCCACUCAGCGUGGCAGCCCCUGGGAAGGAUGGUGACUCGUUCGUCCUCGACAUGGCGACGUCGGCUGUGGCAUUAGGAAAGGUGGAGAUGCAGCACAGGAAAGGAGAACAGAUUCCAUCCGGAUGGGCAAUCAACGGCCAGGGGGAGGUGACUAACAAGCCUGAGGAAGUCAUGAGCGAUGGUGCCUUGUUGCCAUUGGGUGGAACCAUUGAGACGAGUGGCUACAAGGGCUACGGUCUGGCCAUGAUGGUUGACCUAUUCUGUGGCGUAUUGAGCAGUGCUCACUAUGGCAACAACAUUCGGUCCUGGCUCAAUGUGACAGACCCUGCAGACUUGGGCCAGUGCUUUGUGGCAAUCAAUCCAGCAGCAUUCGCCCCCGGCUUUGAAGGCCGGAUGCAGGAUUUGAUGAACACAGCACGUUCGCAGGAACCGGCAACACCAGGUGUUCCAGUCCAGGUUCCAGGAGACCCAGAGAGGAAGCACAUGGCCAAGUGUGAUGCACAGGGUGGCAUUCGCUAUCACGUCAACCAGAUACAGUUUGCGGACGAUAUUGCCCAAAAGCUCUGUGUUGAGCCACCAAAAAGGAAGUGAUGGCAAGGAUUGCAUUUGCAAUACAGCAGUAAUGGGGAAGCAUGGUGCUUUAUUUUACAUGCGUUGUAAAAAGCUAAAUAAAUGUUUGUUAAAGAACUUUU